UUCUUUUGUGUUAAGCAAGAAGGACGCGGCUGGAAGGCGGUUGUGUUGUUGUACCUCAGCUGAAUAUUUCAGUAGUUUCAGCAACCAUGUCUACAGUUCAGUAUCUGAGAGAUUUUAUCAGAGAGCGACUAACUGCUGCUGCUGAAGAAAUCUUCACCGAGGUUGAAAAAACCAUCAUCCGCUACGAGGACGACAUCAAACUGCUGGAAAUCUGCUGGAAACCUCAGAUAAAACUCAACCGAAUCGAUCAGCGAAAGCAACAUGUCAGCAUCAAAGAGGAAGUUCUGCCUGAGCCACAGAUCUGGAACCAGCAGAGGAGCUCCAUUCAGGAGUCAGAACCUUUACAGAUUAAACAGGAACCAGAACCUCUAGAGAUAAAAGAGGAGCCAGAACCUCCAAAGAUACAAGACAUUAUGGAGGAACCUGCUCAUCUUCAGAUUAAAGACGAUACAGAGGAACCAGAACUUGGAGCUACUGUGGUCUGGUACCAGGAAGAACCCAGACUGCUGGAUAUCUCCUGGAAUUCCCACACUACUCGCAACAGAAUGGACUUCCAAAAGCCACAAGUUUCCUUUGAGGAGAAAGCUUCAACCGUCCACCAUGUCUGUCACCAGUGGCAUGACCAGGAGGAAGCAGAAGCUCCAGUGACUGAAAAAAGGGAACCAGAACAUCCAUGGAUUAAAGAAGAAAAGAAGGGCCCAGAACUGGUUCAAGAAUGGAAAGAUCCAGAAACUAAACAGAUUAAGGAAGAGAAAGAACCAGAAUCUCUGUCAAUACAUGGAACAAAUGAGGAAGUAGAUAUUUCAGUGCUUAAACGUGAAGAGAAUAUUUACGAAGUAGACAGGGCCGGAAGCACCUCUGCGAACCUCUGCAGCAGUCAGGAGGGAAAGCUGCUUGUCCAGAAACAGGAUGUUUCUGUGAUGGAAACAUCUGCUCCUCAGGAAGGCGAUUUCAGUGAACAAGAAAAAACAACUGAGCAGCUUUCCUUUCAAAUUUCUCCUGGAGUUGAAAGCAAUGAUCAGGAAGGAAGCAGCUCCUCUGUGUCAAAGAGUCAGUCCCUUACUAACAAAAAGCAAAGGUCUUUCACAUGUGAUCUUUGUGGGAGAAGUCUUAUAAGUCAGUGCAACUUGGAAAGGCAUUACAGAGCCCAUAAUGGUGAGAAGCCUUUUUCUUGUCAAACAUGUGGUAAAAGUUUCAGCCAAAUGUAUAGAUUAAAUGAGCACAAGAGAAGCCACACAGGUGAAAGGCCUUUUUCUUGUCAAAAAUGUGGAAAAACCUUUGCUCGAAUGGAAUGUUUAAACGUUCAUAAGAGAAUUCAUACAGGUGAGAAGAGUUUUGCAUGCGAUACGUGUGGGAAAACUUUCUCUCACGGUUUUUAUUUUAAGCUGCACAAGAAACUUCAUACAGGUGAGAAGCCUUUUUCAUGUGAAACAUGUGGAAAAUGUUUUACAAUUGGUGCAAAUUUGAAUGUUCACAAAAGAAUCCACACAGGUGAGAAGCCUUUUUCAUGUCAAAAAUGUGGAAAAAGCUUCUCUCGAAUUGAUCAUUUACAUAAACACCAGAGCAUCCACACAGGUGAGAAGCCUUUUCCAUGUCUAACAUGCGGAAAAAGCUUCUCUCGGAUUCAUCAUUUAAACACACACAUGAAAAUACACACAAGUAAGAGGGAUUUUCCAUGUGAAAUUUGCAGAAAGCGUUUCAUGUAUGCUAGUAAAUUGGAUUACCACAAGAAACAAAAACACAUAAGUGAGAAAUAGUCAUUUAUCUCACACAGAUUUAUUAUUAUACAUAUUAUUAUACAUAUUAAAGCUUUUCUUAUAUCAGAAAAUAUAUCAGAAAAGGAAAAGGCAGAAAUUCUGUUUAAACAUGGUUAGGAGUGAGGUUUGGAAUAUUUGGUUUAUCACACCUUUCGGACCAGGUCUUAGGAAACCUCUCUGAGUCUGUGAACAUCAGCAGUUUGGACCUAAUGGACAAAUGUCUUUUUCAUACCACCGUCGACCCCUGAUUAGUUGGGAGACGUCUAUUAAUGUUUUCUUUCUGUUGCGCAUAUUAAUAAAAUAUUCAAAAGACAAUAUUAGACGGGAAACUGAAAUGCCUAAGUGAGAUGCUACUUGAUAUAUAUCUGAUGUUUGCAAACUCUAUAUAUCUGAUGUUUGCAAAGCAGCCAAUCCAUAAGUGUCAGUAAUUUUCCUUUCCUUUCCCCAAUAGCCGAGAUGAGCAAGACCUUGGAUUUUGGCUACUGCAGUCAUGCCAAGACUUGUUUACACUUAAGGUAUAUUUGGUGUUUAACUAUCAAAAUAGGCAGUUUUAUGUGUUUCAAAGUCUCAAGUGUUCUACAUCACCUAGAUAAAAUACAUCUCAGUUUUUACAUUUGAAAUUUGGUUACUUAAGACCAAAUUAAGUAACUGUAGGUAGUGCUUUGGUCCCGUUCCAGACCGGGGCCUCUGGACUAGUUGGAAUUUUUGUAAUUAGCAUUUUGACUAGCGUAGUGAGGUUAGAGUCUUUGUUGGUAUGAUGUUUAGUCCUUGUUAAGGCUGCACUGAUUGUGGUAGAAACAGAUUGAUCUCUGUGGAGACGUCCACUGAGAGAGAAGUCCUAUGACAGCCAACCGGUAAAAUGGCAUCAGAAAAAUCCAAGCUACUAGGGUCUGCCUGAAAGUCCCAUAGUAGACUGUUGUAGUAUGCUUCUUAGCAGGUGGUUAUAGUUGUUCCCAAAGGACUGGUAAAACUGGUCUCCAUGAAGUGCACUAGUUUUUGGAUUAUGUUGCAAUUUUUCUGCGUAAUGCCAUUUGCUUUUCUGUCAUCACAUCUUCCCCUUUGUAGCAAAUCAGUAAUUUUUGAUUGAGAAGUUAACACUGCUUCCCCAUGCAGCAUAGUUGAAUGAGCGCUGUUUGGGUGAAGCUUAAUGAGUGAAUUUACGCCUAGCCUUCAUUUGCUGUUUUUCACUCUGUGCUGUUCUUAGCAGCAAAGACUGUAAUAAAAUACCAAAUGAUUCUUUAAGUGGAAAAAGUAAAACCAGUUUUUUUUUAGCAUUCUUGAACACAUUUUGUUGAGUUCUGACACAUUAAAUAACAGUCGUUUCACUGUGGACGUGAGCCAAUUUCAUGUGUUGUUGACUUUUUGGAGGCUCAACUCCAAAAUAAAGCCGUUAUGUUGCUUCCAACAUUCCAAAUU